GGGGAGGCCCCUUCCCUCCCACUGAUAACUCGUUGGUUCACUGGACACCGGCUAAAACAGACCUAUCUCUCCCGCCGUUAUUCCCACCACCCUAGUAAGGUUCCAACACUGCUCCUCAAGCUUGGUCCGAGAGAUGCUGCCCUCUUGGCCCUGCCACCACUGAAGCGCCCAGGGAGCCCGGAAGAGCCACCCGAACGCGGACACCCGGGGCCAUGAGUUCUCUGAGGCUGCGAGCGUCGCUCUCGCUACUGCUGCUGCUGGGUGGCUGUCUCCUCGCGGUCGCCCGGAGGGACAAGGGGGCGGCGGGCAGCGCGGCAGAGCCGGCCCCGGGUCCGGCGGGCGGCUCCUCGGGCCGCUUCGUCAGCCCCGGGCGGCACGCGUGCAGCUGGCAGCUCCUGCUGUCCGCCCCAGGGCCCGCGGUGGGCAAAGAGCUGGCGCUGCGCUGCCAGGCCCCAGACGGGGCGCGCCUGCAGUGCGCCUACCGCGGGGAGCCCGAGCGCUGCGCCGCCUACGCCACCCGCCGCCCGCACUACUGGAAGCAGGUGCUGGGCGGGCUGCGCAAGAAGCGGCGGCCCUGCCAGGACCCCGCGCCUCUCAAGGCCCGCCUGUGCGCAGGCAAGAAGGGCCACGGCGCCGAGCUGCGCCUGGUGCCCCCCGCGUCCCCACUCACCCGCCCCACUGCGGCGGGCUUUCGCAGGGAUGCCAAGCCCCGGGCCAAGAGCCGGGGGCGGACCCGGGAUCCCGCGCCCGGCCCCGCUGCAGGCACCCCGCCUCCCACGAGCGCGCCGCCCAAAGAGAAACCUGCUGAGAGGAAGACCAAAGGGGCCAAGAGAAAGGCGGCCGCGGACCCGGGCGAGGAGCGACCCCUGGGGACUGGGCCCGAUCCCGACGGGCUGGACGAGAACGCGAAGCUCACCGAGACCUACUGUGCUGAGAAGUGGCACUCCCUUUGCACCUUCUUUGUCAAUUUCUGGAAUGGCUGAGGGGGCCGGCCUGGGGAGGGACAGGGAGUGUGCACCCGGAGCGAGGAAGCUGAGGGCACCUUAGGCCUAGAGAUGCGGGAUAAUGGGGAGGAGGCCAUGUGGUUCUAGAAUGCGGCUGGGGGUUGGGGUGGGACUUGGGGCGUGAGAGUGUAAGGGAUCUGGAGAAUUUCUGAGAGCAGAGAAGUCAACACUUUUGAGGAGUCUGGAUUCUGAUUAAGAGCAGAAGAAAUAGUGGGUGGAUACAGAAGUAGGCAUACCUUAAAUGUGCAAAAACUGUAGACUAGGGAGAGAUGGGUACAGGGAGAGGCUGAAAAAAAAGUGGGGCAAGUGACUAAAGUCGUGUGAUUUUCCUGUAGGAAACAGGAUACAAUGUAUACUGUUAACACGUUUAUAUUAAAAUAUAAUCACAAGCUAUUGAUAACCAGAGCCAGGUUGAAUUGUUAGUGUCUGUGGCACUAGUGUUAGUGUCUCACCUAAUCAACUGACAAGAUAACCAAAAACAUUUUUUUUCCUUUCUGAAUUAAUAGGAACUUGGGUGCUGCUUGGUGUCAUAAAUGACCUCUUACAGGAAUAGAAGCCAUUCAGAGGUCAAAAUUGACUCCAAAGAAAAGAUUUUCUGGUCGGUUGCCCUAAUAUUCUUUUAGAAGUGCUACUUUUAAACAGUGAUACCUAAUGUUCUGAAACUUUUCCCAUUAACCUUCUAAAUUCAGGAGUGAAUUGUAGAAGUUGAGUGCUCCAGUAGGUUCUAAAACAGCUCUCAUAUCUGAUCAUGUUUUUAAAAACAGCUAAAAUGUAAGUAUGUAUCUUGGAGUCAUUUGGACCAUUAUUAUGGACAUUACCUCUGUUUUGUAAUUAAUUGUUUAACAUGUUUCCUUUUAAAUAAGAUGUAAUGAUAGACUUUGCAAAUUUUAGGUGCUUAAUAAAAACUGUAUGGAUAGAUUUGAAGAA